AUGAACCUAUUUCAUAUUAGAACACGCCUCUUUCAAUCCGUAGGUCACUCUCAUGUCGCAGGUUUACUGUACAUAGUUGACAUCCAAGUGGACUUCACAGUUGAUUAUCAUUGCCAGAACACUUCUACAAAACGUACUGGACGUCUUUGUGUUAGCUCAGUUGCCAAAAAAAUGCCCAUCGAGUUCAGUGUUUUAGAACAUGCAGGAUAA